AUGCCUGGCGAGGAGUUUGACGACGACUUUGAGGUACGUAUCCCGCUCUUAGACAAGUUUGAUCUCCCUGAGGCACCUCCCGUGCCUGCUGGCGGUAGCAACGCGCAGCAGAGUAUGCCGCCAGCGCAGAUGGAAAUGAUGCAGCAAAUGAUGCAGCAAAUGUCCGGCGGCCGUCCUGGAGCCCAGCCCGCACGCCAGUACCCGAGUGAUGUGGUCAUGGAUGGCGAGGAGGACGGGCCCCACAAGCACUGGACGACCGUGUACCCGAUCUAUGUGGAUGCGAAGCGGCGGUACCGCCACGGCUGCCGUCGCGUCGCGUACGAAAAGGCAGUGCUCUUUCCGAACAGUCUGUACCUUGCGAACGCUGCGAAACGGCUCGAACUGGAGUACAAGCAUGAGGUGCGCCUCUUUGGGCCCGAUGGCCGCCCGCUGCACGCGAAUAUACCUACGAGUGCGUAUGGCUCACUGACCGCAGAACAAAAGCUCAUCGAGGCAAUCAGUGAGCUGCUCCAGUCCAAGGCGGGUGGCGUACCUCCGCCGCUGACGGAGCGGCGUCGGUGCUCCCAGCAGUCUUCCAGGGCGGCUCUACGUCCGCGCCAGCGUCUGAUCCGCCAGGUUCCCUUCCCUGAGCCGCUGCCGCCCCACAGCCCAGCUCUGGCUACGGGCCUGCUGAACAUGGACAUGGCAAAAAUGCCUGGCGCCGAUGCGCUCAAAAGCAUGGGUCCACUGGGCAGCAUGAUGAGCAGUAUGGGCCUGGGCGACGACGACGAGCCCCCUGCCGCCCAAACGCCUGCCAAGCCCCCCCCUGCGCUGGGGCGUCGCCAGCGCAAACGCGUUGUGCGGAUCGGCCGUUAA